AUGGCUCGCUGCAUUCUGGUGGGCCUGGUGCUGUCGGUCCAGCUUCUUGCCGGCAACGCCAUCGGCGCACCGCUGACAGAAUGGCAAAACCAGGCUGUUCAGUGGUACACUUUUUCACUUUCAGGUUUCUGGGUUCCUAUUAUAAGAUCAGAAGCCUUAAAAAGUAUAUACUUUUUUCCCAGUGGGUUACUGAACAGCCUAGAAAAGCAGGUCUUCAGUGAGGUGGAGAAGAGUGCAGCCCAGCAGUCGAAGGACGCAGAGCCAGAGCUUUUGGCCUUCCUCGAUUCAAGAGACUUCCGUGGGAACCUUUCCUCCUGCUGCCCAUCUGUAGCAACCCUUCCCGCCACAGAGCUAUUGGAGAGACUCUCCAAGCAGUUUCAGGUGGCCGAACUGGCCUCUGGUUUCCCUGCAGACCAAGAUCCCAGCAAGAUGUUUCCGGACUCUGCAGGAAUGUCCAUCGGCUUUGGCAUGAACGGCUCCUUCUUCUUGAAUGACUGGCAAGCCAUUUUGAUGCACUCCACGGAUCCAGACGAAGUAUGGCAUGGUCUUGAAGCCACAUACUUGGCUUUUCACGUCAACUCCUCCAGAAAAGCCGUAACCAUGGAGCAGUGGUUUGGCGGAUGUUCCGGCAACAAGACUCAGCCGGUCGAGAUGCUGCUAUCAGCGUGCUAUGAGCAGCCCUAUUCCGCGGGCAUGAGCAUGAUUGUGCGCUACGACUAUGCGCCAGGUCAUGUGAACUGUAGCAUGUGGAUGGCUGAGAACAGCUCUGAAGUCUCCGAUGGCUGGAAGAGAUCUCUGGCGACCAUCAGCGAACCGAAGAAAGUCGAUUGUCCGCCGCAGGAGGCCGUGUUCAACAUGCAGGUGUAUGCGGCAGAUGGCCACUGCCACACUUACGCCAUGCAGAACAACUCGCAACAAUUCGGGAGCCAAGAUCAUGCAGAGACCGAUGUGUAUGGCAUGAAGCCAUUUCAGACGCGUGGGGCACCAUCAAACCUUAUGGAAGCUGGCGAGCGUCCGGUCUAUUCCAUGGUCAACUUGAACUUGAUUGACAUGGGAAGUCCCAUCUAUGGUGACGUCUCUGCCGUUUUCGCGCAGAAGUACAUCUUGAACAGCACAGUGUUAUCUCCAACCGACACUGGCUUGUAUGAGAUGGGCUGCCUCGACAAGUCGGUCGUCCCCGUGGGAGUCGCAUACAACUGCAGUGCCCUAAAAGGCUUCCAGCAGCUGGGUACACUCCAGCACAACAAGCACCUUUGGUUGGUGAACAAGGGCUUCUGGGGUCCCCUCGGUCUCCUCCACACGGCCUUCCAGAGGAUGGAGGCUCCUUAUGGUCAUCACGCCCUGCAUACCGGCUCCUUCCUGAACUACUUUGAAGGCGCUCUCCUUGGUCAAUUGCAGUACCCGGCGGCAAUUCGCUUCCUCAUCGGUGCUUUUCCAGCCCUUUUCGGCACCGACAUGGGAGUCAAGUUGCAAGCCUGGGCAAGGAGCCGUGGUUGGGUCUUGAUUUGGGCACUUGGCCCGAAUGACAAGGCUGUUCCCAGACAAACUUCCGACUUCAACUUUGCGCUAGUGGAAGGGAACACGUCUUUCCAAGUCAACAAGCGCAUGAUUGAUCCCCUUGUCCUUUCGGAGACGACGGCGGCGGCAAGCUUGCCAUUGGGCUCUGAUGUAAGCGACAAGUUCAAGCAGAUGUGGGCGGAGGUUGCCAACCUGCGGAACAUAACGAACGUGACCAAUGUGACUAUGGCGCAGAAAUGGAAAGACACUGCCACGCUUCUUCCGCAGCUUCCUGUUCGUCCUCUGAUGGGUGGGGACUGCGAGGUGCAGCUGUUGAACGCAGAAUGCGUUGGAAUGACUUUGCAGGGUCGGGGAAGCUCCCCUCUGUCUUAUGUACUGUGCAGCCAGUGUGAAGCUUCACCUGUGACUGCACAGAAUCUACUCCAAUGGUCUCUACGUGCUAGCGCGGAGCUGAACUCCACGCUGAAUGCCUUCGAAUGGCAGAAAAAGAUUGCCGGCCUGCAGCGCAGCAGAGGGCAGGACAUGGUCUAUGCUGGCAAUGUCAUGGACGGGGUGCUCGCCGAUCCAGGAUCGGGAAAGCUCGCGUGGCUGCUCCCAGCCCUUCAGGCACAUCCGGGGAACCGCGACGACAUGCGGCGGUGCCGACCGCCGGCGGCAGAUGGAGAUAUUAGCCCGGAGGUCAAAGCAACCACGAGAAAGAUCGGCCGCUUAGUGAAAGCAGGACAGUAUGGAGAUGCUUGGCCUCUCUUCCAAGCGAUGGACCCAAAAGGUGUGGUCGAGUAUAAUGUUGGCUUGAACAUCUGCGCAAAAGCCGGCUGGCUAAAUGAGGCUGAAGCACUUUGGGAAGAAAUGAGCCAAGACGUCAAGAAUGUCGUGACCUACUCGACCAUGAUAAAGGUGUACGGCAGCAUCAAGAGAGUUGACGAUGCCGAGAAGCUCUUUGAGGAAAUGAAGUCUAAGGCAGUGACGCCAAACAUCAUCACCUACAACACCUUGAUCCAGGCUUACGGGAUGACUUCAGUGGCGGAUAAAGCGCGGAGCACUUUCGACAGUAUUCCCGAAGCAGUCUUGGAAGAGGCCGGCUCUUCCAACAAGGAGGCCAGCUAUGCAACGCUGAUGUUCGCUUACGCAAGACGAGGAGACUAUGCUUCGACGCGUGAGCUCUUCAUGGACAUGACAUCCAAAGGAAUCCCACCAAGCCGAAGUCAUUUCAAUGCCAUGAUCAUCUCUUGUGCGAAAGAUGGGCUGGCUGAAACCGCGAGAGCUGUCUUCGAAAUGCUACCUCAUUAUGACAUACUUCCCGAGUUCGACACAUGGACGUCGCUUAUGUCUUGCCACCGAAAGGAUUUGGAGCAGUGCAAGAGGAUCCUUGAUGAGAUGCUGCAAGCGGGCGUUAGUCCAUCUCUUAGUCCAUCCGGAAUGACAUACCAAGAGCUUCUCAAUGCGCACGUCCUCGCCGGUGACGGACCCGGAGCACGGGAGUUGCUUGAGGACAUGUCGAAGUGUCUCAGCAGUCCUGUAAGUAGCCUUUACCUUUUUGAUUUUUGCGGAAACCCAUAA